CUGGUAUUGCUAGUUUCUUGAAUCCAAUCAUCCAUUUUACCUAUCAAGGUGUGAUUUCUUUAACUAGCUUAGGUGAGCAAAAUCUUCUGACCUUCGUUCUCCUCUUUCAUUCUAAUUUACUAUAAUUUUAUUUCAAGAGCGUAGAAUGGCUGACCGGUUUAGAUUGCAUGUUAAGGGAGGUGACAGUGGAAGUGGGAAUGGAAGUUUGUGACGUAGUUGAACUGAUCGGUAUGGCAAGCCUGAUGAAUGGACGAUGGGGUGGGCAUGGUACUUCAAAGAAUAAGAUCGGCAGCCGUGGAGAAGACAAGGUUGUGCAAGUUCCUGUUUCUACUGCUAUCUAUUUUGUGGAGAGUGAAAUCCCUUCAAUAGUGGAGAAGUCAUCUUCUGUGAUUCACCCUUGGGAUCUUCCAGGUAUUUUUACUUCUGAUCUCCUUGCAUCUGAUCAGCUAUCCACUUUUAGUUUGUGGGAGCCGGAUAUGGUUAGGUUGAGGAAAAGUGUUUAA